UUUUUUUUUUUUUGUUUGUUUUCAUUAGAACUUGAAAAUCUUGAAGAACUUCAGUCACGUCGAAUAACACGUAUAAUAACAAAUGAUUUUCCACGUUUUUUUGCAUUAAUAACACGUUUACGUCAAGAAACACAUUUUAUUGAUGAACAAGGUGGUUUAUUAACAUCAACAAUAAUACCUAAAGUUCAAGCACUUAUACCUGAAAAAGCAUUACAAAAACGUAUUCGUAUAUCACUUCAUGUUUUACCAAUAUCAUCUCAACUUCUUCAACGUUCAUAUGGUACACGUGUUAAUGUAAGUCCUAUUAUAACAGUUGAACCACGUCGAAGAAAAUUUCAUAAACCAAUUACAUUAACAAUACCAUUACCAACAAAAUCUUUAUCAACAACAAAACAAGGUCAUCAACGUGAAUCUGAUAAACAUGGAAAUGCAUAUACAAGUGAUUCUCAAACACUUCGUUUAUUAUGUAGUAUUACUGGUGGUACACAUCCAGCACAAUUUGAUGAUAUUACAGGACAUACACCAUUAACAUUUUCAAAUGAUUGUGCUACAUUUACAACAACUGUUUCAGCUAGAUUCUGGUUAGUCGAUGCUCAAGGUGUACCAGAUGUAUUAAAAUUAGCUCAUGAAAUUUAUCGUGAAGCAACAUCAGUACCAUAUAUGUCACGUUUUGUUGUAUUUGCUAAACGAAAUGAUCCAAAUGAAUCACUUGUUCGUGUAUUUUGUAUAACAGAUGAUAAAGAAAAUAAAACACUUGAAAUGCAAGAACAUUUUGUUGAAAUAGCUAAAUCAAAAGAAGUUGAAGUUAUUAAUGGUAAUACAAUUUAUUUGGAUUUACAAUCAAAUAAUUUACAACCAAUUAUUAAAACAAAUGAACAAUUAACAUUUGUAUUUCGAGCAUUUAGAGAAAAUCGUUUACCAUGUAUUGUUCGUAUACGUGAUCAACAACAAGAACCAGUUGGACGUUUAAUAUUUUCAAAAGAUAAUGGAAAAUUAACACCUUUACAACGAACAAUAUCAAAUACAAUGACAAAUGGACAUAUACCAUCAAAUACAAUGGUUGAUCCACAAUUAUUACAACCAAUUUGUAAUUUAAAUAUUGUUUUACCAUCAUAUGAUAAAGAUUUAAUCGAGAAUGAAGAACGUGCUCGAGCUCUUCGUUCAGCUGAGCGAGAUUCUCGUUUAGACAGCUGGAGAUCCGAUGAUAUGUAUCGAAAAGGUGAAAUUCGUUUAACGGAUAUAGCACGAUCAUUAGGCACUGAUUGGCCAGCACUUGCUGCUGAACUUGAAUUAACUGAAGAAGAAGUUACCAAAUUAAUGGAUGAAUUUGGAGAAAAUGCUGCUCUACAUAUGUUACGAUAUUGGCUUAAAUCACGUGGUACUGACGCAACAGGUAACUGUCUUCAACAAGCCUUACGUAAAAUUGGCAAAGAAAAUAUUGUUCAGAAUUGUGUAUUUAAUAUUGAAUGGGUUACAGAUGCAGCUGAAAAAGAAGUAGCUAAAGCACGUUUAACUAGUCGUGGUGGAAGUGUGGAAGGAAUACCGGUUGGUGGACGUCGUUUAGAUGAAGGUUUUGAAAGUGAUGAUGAAUAUGAACGUCGUCGUCAUGGAAGAUCUAAUAUCAUAAUUAAUGAUACAAAUCAAAUAUAUACAAUAAUAAAAACUAUAACAUUUGAAGAAUCAAUUGAAGAUGAAUUAGGAGAAAAAAAACAAGAAAAAAUUUCAUCACAACAAAGUCUAAGUCCACAAUUUAAACAAUUAGAACCACUUAAAAUGAUUAAACGAGAUUUAUCUAAAGAUUUUCUUCCAUCAUCAUCAUCAACAUCAAGUGCUGAUACAAUAAUAAAUGCAAAAAUUCAUGAAAAACGAUUAGGUGAACGUGAUGGUCCUUUACAUUAUGUUGAUUCAAGUAAAGUACCAACACCAGGAUCACGUUAUGGUGGUUAUUAUUCAAUAUAUCAUCCACAGAAUUAUUCAGGUUCAAUAACACCAUUAAGUUGUUAUGCACAUCCAUUUGAAAUGAUACAUAUUGAAAGUUUAAGAGAAAAAUUAAAUAGAUUAACACGUGAUAAAGUUGAUCAUGAUGAUUCAUUAGGAAAACAACGAAGUAUAGAUCAUAGUGAAGGACGAAAAACACCAACGGGUAAGAAUAUAAUUAUCAUUAUUGAAUAA